AUGUCGAAUACCCCGGAUACACAGAAGACCUUGGAGGUCAAGAUACGACCCUAUUCCGGCCCAAACAACCAGGAACGGCCGGAUCAGAAAGGCGUGUCACGUGUUCAUAUGUGCAAAGAAUCCCUCAUGGACUUAAGAAUUGAUGCGGGACAACCUAUUUAUAUAUGGAAGAAUGGCCAAACUCAGAAUGAGCGAAGAGAAGCUAUUGCCUGGCCUACUGCGGAAAAAUCUCUGAGUAAGAAGGUUGUUCAGAUGUCCAAGACUUUUCAAGAGAUUUGUGACUGCAAGCUGGGGGACGACUUGAAUAUAUGUGCGGCGGGGCCUUUACGAGAGGCGGAGUCUAUUGUUCUGAGGGAUCUUACGGCAGAAGAGCUCGAUACUGUACUGGAAUUGGGAGAUGAAGAUAAGUCUCAUUGGGUGUGGUUUCUUAGAGAGAGCCUUGCCCGCGCUGAAAUAAUAUUCACCGGCAUGACUUUCAAGAAUCUUUCUCUCAGGGGCCCCAAACGAAGCUUCACUGUGGAUUCUGUCAACGGAAACCCUAAUAGCCAAGCUCGGUACGAGGAGAGCUCAUCUGUGACGAUAUCAAGUCCAGUUGACAUUAACACCCCAGCCCAAACCAACGGCCAUCGGGCAGCCCUUCAGGUCGUCGAUGUUGCUGGCAUUGAUCAGGCAAUGAAAAAGCUGAAUCGGUUCCUUAGCAACUUUGAUCGCCAAUUCAAAUUUACCUCUGCCCAAAGAUCUUGCGCCGUGCUUCUACAUGGCGGGCAUGGUACUGGGAAGACUUUCCUGCUGAAUAAGGUUGCCCGCACCGGCUGGGGGAGGGUAUUCCGAAUCGAGCGGCACUUCAAGGCUUCGGUCAUACGAUCAACCUUUAAGGAUGCCAGAACUAGCCAGCCAUCCAUCAUAGUCAUUGAUGAGCUUGAGAGAAUGGUCUCAAAAGAUGAUUCUAUUUCGGAGGAAGUGGCGAUGGUCCUAGGGGACGAGUUACAUAACUUAGCCGAUGGCAGCUCAGAAUCGUUGCCUCGGAUAUUAGUUAUUGCAGCUACCCUCGAUGCUGGAAGCAUACCGAUCUCCCUGCGAAAGAGGGGAAGGUUCUUCACAGAUAUCCCAUUACCAAUUCCGGAUGCUAGAGCUCGCAAGGCGAUUUUGAAAUCUUUAUCUUUCCCCCUUCAUCCAGAUACGAGGAAUGAAGCACUCGAGAAACUUGGUGACCGAACACACGCCUAUACAGCUGAGGAUUUAUUGUCACUGCUAGAUACCGCAUGUGAAAUCGCUGAGGAAAAGGCUGACAGCAGCGGCGAAGGCAAAGACCAGGGAGAUUACUAUAUAGCAGAAGAGGAUGUUGAGCAGGCAUUGCUACUUAUCCGACCAACGGCGAUGCAUGAUAUCACCCUCAGACCACCAAGCGUCAGAUGGGAUGAAAUAGGGGGCCAAGAAAGCGUCAAGAAAGCUCUCAGACGAGCCGUGGAAACUCCUUUGCUACACCCCGAACGAAUGCAAAGAUUAGGGGCAUCACCCAAAAAGGGUUUACUCCUCUAUGGCCCACCAGGAUGUUCCAAAACUCUCAGCGCCCAAGCGAUGGCCACAGAAUCUGGCUUUAACUUCUUCGCUGUCAAAGGCGCAGAGUUACUUAAUAUGUACGUCGGCGAAUCCGAACGAGCAGUACGAGACAUCUUCGCACGGGCUCGCGCCGCAAGUCCCAGUGUAAUCUUCUUCGACGAGAUCGAAUCCAUCGGCAGUAAGCGCGAGGGCAGCAGUCGAAACAGCAGCGUUAAUGUAUUAACGACAUUGCUGAAUGAGAUGGACGGCAUUGAGACGUUGAAAGGUGUCACUGUCCUAGCUGCCACGAAUCGACCCCAGGUUCUAGAUCUUGCUCUUAUUCGCCCAGGACGUUUCGACCAGUUGAUCUAUGUCCCUCCUCCUGAUCUCGCGGGUCGUGAAGCCAUCCUCCGUGUGAAGCAGCGGAAGAUGGAUAUGGGCGAUGAUGUUGAUAUCCCGGAGUUGGCAAAACUGACGGAAGGAUAUUCAGGCGCCGAGCUAGUUGGUAUUUGCCAGGCUGCGUGUGAUGAGGUUUUGGAGAAGUGCGAAACGGCAGGCCAAGAAUUGCAGCUGCAUAUGGACGACUUUUUGAGCGCUAUCAAGGUAGCUAGGAAGGGAAUUGCUCCCGAAAUGAUUUACGGCUAUGAGAGGUGGGCAGCUGUUGCAAGGGGGUAUGUGUAG